AUGGCUCCUUCAGAAACCCACAUAACCACUCUUCCGAACGGGUUACGAAUCGCUUCGCAGGAUGCGCCGGGUCACUUUGUUGCGUGUGGAGUUUAUGUGGAUGCCGGGACGAGGUUCGAAAACGACGAACUGGCGGGAUGCUCACAUAUCCUUGACCGCACGACUUUCAAGAGCACGAAACAGUUCACAACGGAACAGAUAGUCCAAGAGCUCGAAUCGAUGGGAGGAAACUGUAUAGCUCACAGUUCACGCGAGGCGAUCAUGUACCAGGGUCUCGUGUUCCGGCAUGACCUCGCAAAAAUGAUGAAGAUGCUUGGGCAAGUUGUUCGUCAUCCCCUUCUCCUGCCGGAAGAAAUGGAUGACACGAGACAAACUACGAUGUACGAGAUUCAGGAGCUUCAGCAACGGCCGGAGAUGAUACUCCCAGAACAUCUCCAUGCGGUUGCGUUCAGGAACGCGAAAGGAGAGCCAGAUACCCUCGGACGACCUUUACUCUGUUCGAUGGAGAGGCUAGAAGUGAUGAGCACCGAAGCGAUGCGCAAGUACCGUGACAUCUGGUAUACACCCGAUCGGAUGGUCGUGGCGGGAAUUGGAAUGGAUCACCAGAUGCUUGUGGAUCUUGCAUCAAAGGAGUUCGGAGACAUGCCUUCAAUAUCACCGGCAACAGCUAAGCUGCAAUCUGAGCUGAGGGCGCCUGCACGAUACGAGGGAGGCAUUACCAUCUUCGACACGAAAGACCUUCCACCAUCACCAAAUCCGGACGAUAAGCAAUUGACGCACGUAUACAUCGCCUUUGAAUCGCUACCCAUUUCGGACCCAGACGUAUACGCACUGGCAACGUUGACGAGUCUAAUGGGUGGAGGGGGUUCAUUCUCGGCUGGAGGGCCGGGGAAAGGCAUGUACACGCGAUUGUACACCCAGGUGCUGAACAGGUACCACUGGGUGGAAAACUGCAACAUGCUCAACUUCUCGUACCUCGACACCGGACUCUUCGGAAUUCAGGCGUCUAUUCCACCCAGUCCUGAAGCACAUGCGCAAAUCAUACCGGUCCUCUGUGAUCAGCUUCUACGGAUGACGACGGAGAUCGGGGCCGAAGAGCUGAGUAGAGCGAAGAACCAGCUCAAGAGCAAUCUGCUAAUGAGUCUGGAAGCCAAGGUUGUAGAGUGCGAGGACAUCGGCCGCCAAAUCAUGGUACAGGGCCAUCGUCUGAGCGUGGCGGAGAUGUGCAAGAGAAUCGAAUCCUUGACCGCGGAAGAUCUGAAGCGCGUCGCACGGCGGAUAGUGCUAGGACAGGAUGUCCAGAGUCCGCUAGACUUCGCAACACCUCAAGACCUGGCGGAUGGGCAAGCCAAAUAA